AUGGUUCGCCGCGGUGCGCUGGAGAUUGAGACGAGUGCGAGUACUCCUGUACCGUCACGUUCGGCGGCCACCCGGGCUAGGCAGUCGCCUACCACACGGCGGCGGGCACUGGGCCAUGGCCUCAUCGACCGCUUCAAGGGCCAUCGCCGCCAUGCCUCUGCGGCAUCUUCGAGCCAAGCGUCUGUAGCGGAUUCGUCGCCGCCUACGAGUGUGGACGACCGCCGCGUCCUGGCGCCCCUGCACUUCAACCUCCGGAGAUUGCCGUCACGAAGGGGCCUGUCUGAGCGGGAAAAGAUGCGGGCGGGAACGUCGAGCGGGAGCAGUACCGCGACGACGGGCACCAAGCGAAAGCGUUCGGCCAGCGGGUCCGAGAACGCCACGCGAGGCCGCUCUCGCUCGCGUGGUUCUAAACGGCGGCGAGGCAGCAGCGGAGAGGCUAUAGAGAGCGAGGCAGAAAGCGAAAGCGUGAUGGACAUCGACGAUAGCAACGAGACUGCAUCCGCCGACGAGGAAGAUAGCACACAAGAGCAUCUACUGUACGAAGCGACCGAACGACGCCUGCUACGCCUUCGCAAGGACCAUCUAAUCGAACUCUACAACGCUGCCGGGCUUGACGACUCGCCUGAGGACUUGACGAAACAAGGCCUCGUCGACGCCAUCAUCACCGCCCGUGACGAUGGCGACGACGAAGAGGCGUCUUUGCCGCCAUCUUCCCCACGCGACCGUGAUGGUGCAUCAAGCAUAUACUCUUCCGACAAUGACGAGGAAAGCGAGGACGGGAACGUCGCGGGCGGCGAGGAGACGGACAUGAACCAGGUCACGUCGCCACGCAUGGCCGGCACUGCGCUUCGGCGUCGGGUCACCUACCACAACAUGUCGCGUUCAGCGACCCGGCCCGAGCCCAAGGGUCGCACAAUGAGCAUGGGCUUGCUCGAGCCUGCCAGCCCGACGCCGUAUCGGAAGGCCGCCCGCCAGGUCGAAUCUCCUACUGUCUUUCCCAGGACACGCAAACGCACAGCAUCCCUUCGUUCGAGCCCAACGGUUUCAGUCGCCUCGACCUCACGGACAUCCGCGUCAGGGUCAUCGUCGUUGCCAUCACCGCCUGCCACUCGUCUACUACGCAACCGUAAAAUCUCUGGACAAACGGCCGUUUCUUCGGGAUCUUCCCGAUCACGCAAGAGCAAGGGCAAACAAGUCGACUUUGACGAUAAUGUCGUCGUGACGCCUGUCGAGCCCGUAGACCCUGAACUCUCAGAGCUGAGCGAGCUCACCGAGAGCGAUCGCGAGACCGCCAGCAAGGCGACUACUAAUCCAAGCCCGCGCCGCUUACGCUCUCGUCCCCGGCUACGUGGAGAAGGUAGCGGAAGUUUCACCAAACCUUCGCUCGAUGCGGAAAUGGCAGCGUCAAGCGAUGAGCAUGCGGAGGAGGAUGACGAGGAAGUCGAUCAACUCGUUGACAGCGCCGAAUCGACUCCACAGCCGCGCCGUACUCCACUCAAACGCCGCCUUCGCCCACGUAAAAUGCAAACAUACACUCCGCCGAGUGAUGGCGACGGAGAUGAUGAGCGCGAGGUUCCCGGUGCCGAAGAGGGCGAUGACGAAGAGGGUGGAGAUACGGAGGAUGAUGAGCAGGAUGAGGACGAAGUCGACGAGCCAACUCCGCGCAAACUCAGGAGUGGACGCGUUGUUCAACCGGAGGCAGCGGUAGCGGAAGAGGUGGAAGAGGACGAGCUUAGCGAGAUGAGCGUCGACGAAGAAUUGGGAGGAGAGGAGGCCGAUGUCGAGGUCGCCAGUGCUGAAGAGGAAGAGGUGGAGGUUGAGGAGGCGGAUGAAGAUAACGAGAGCUCCGGCGAGGACGUGGACUGGUCAACUGCUACGAAAAGUAGCCUUCAACGUCUUCGCCGCGACGAGCUCGUUCGCCUGUCCGAAGUCCGCGGUCUUGAUACCUCUGGCACCAAACUUCAACUCGCUGAUGCCCUCAUCAAGUGGAAUCGCGCUCGGACUGUCGCGCAGUCUUCGGCGCCCUCGUCCACCGCAACCGUCACCGGCGCUCCGGCUACAGCUCGGCCCGGACCCGCAACGGCCCGCCCCGGACCCGCCACUGUGCGCCCCGGCGGCCGUCGCAGCAAGCGCCGCAGCGGCGACAGCAACAAGACCGCAACGCCUCCCGUCCUCCUGCGCGAAGAACAUGUCCACCUUGACGAACCGCGAACACCGCCUUUGUCGGGAGCUGCUGCUCCCAAGGAAGAGGACAUCGAGCUUGACCUCGCCGGACUGGGUCUCGAGGACCGCGAGAUCCCUUACGAACAACUCGUCAAACUCGAGAAGAUCGGCAGUGGAGGCUUCAAGGACGUCUUCAUCGGCAAAUGGCGGGGCAGGAAGGUCGCGAUAGCCGAGUUCCGUGGCACGCUCAGCAGCAUGGACAUCAAGGAGCUCAAGCUGCUCGGCGGGUUCAACCAUAAGAACAUUGUGCGCUUCUUCGGCGUCAGUGUGCCGCCCGAGGAGAGCCGCAAUACGCCCGUUAUGAUCGUCAGCGAGCUGUGCGAGAACGGCGACUUGUUCGAUUACAUCCGCAAUGUACCUGCACCACCGCUCAAGACCGUCCUCAAGAUCGCGCUCGAUGUCGCGCGUGGCCUCGAGUAUCUGCAUACGCGCCAGCCAUCCGUCAUCCAUCGUGACUGUAAGAGCAGCAAUAUCCUCAUCACCGCCCGUGGGAGCGCGAAGAUCGCGGACUUCGGCCUGGCGAAGGUCAAGCAGACUGCACGCAGUAUGGUGCGGUCUCUCGUCGGCACCGUCAAUUGGCAGGCCCCCGAGCUUUGGCAUCCCUCGCCGAAGUACAAUCACAAAGUCGAUGUGUUCGCGGCUGGGGUUGUAUUCUGGGAGAUGCUCCAGUGGCAUGUUAAGGAGAAGAAGUAUCCUUGGGAGGGCAUGAACGAGCAUGCGAUCUACGACGCCGUCGGCGCGAAAAAGCAGCGCCCGAGUGUGCAUGGCCUUCGCAAGCUCUGGUGCCCGGAGAUUGUAGAUCUCAUUGAGCGCAUGUGGGCACAAGACGCGAGCGACCGCCCAGACAUGUCGGAAGUCGUCCGCGAGCUUGAGCGCCUCUACAAGCUGUAUAAGUAUACGUAG